AUGCAACUAUUGGAAGAAUACGAAGAAUUAAUUGAGCGUGAUUCAAAUCAAAUUUCGAUUUUAUGGAAAAUCUUACAAAUAUUUUUGUAUUUUUUAACUACAAUAUCAGGAUAUUGUUCUGCAAUUUUAUUCUAUAUUUUCUGGGAGAAUAUUUUUGGAGGACAUUGUCCUCUUUGGGCACACACGUACAUCAUAUCUACAGUAAUAGUAAUCCAUUCUAAUAAUGAUUGCGUAGAACGUGAAACUUUUGUUAAAAACAUUGAACCGGAUUAUAAAAAUUGGUUAAAUUAUAUUGUCGUUAAACAUGAUUAUGAAAAGCAUUGUGAGUGUUGUUAUAUUGUAAGCUUAUUUUCUUGUAUAUUCGGUAUUGUAUGGAUCGCAUUGUUUUCUGUUUAUGGUAAAGGCGGAUACAGUUACAAAACGCAAGUAUUUUUAUCUUCAUCACAUGAUUUGGAAGUAGGAUUUAAAACCUUUAAAUUUGACAUGCAUAAAGUUUUUCUAGAAUUGACAAAAAACUCUGAAUUAUUAUCUGAUCAAAUGAUCUGCAAUAUUUUACAAAGUUAUGUGGAAGUAUAUAAUGUUCAUGGAUACAAUGCAUGUAAUCUAUUUUUUACGUUAAAGAUUUUGACGUGGACAAUGGCAUGGAGUUGGGUUGCUGGUUUAAUUUUAUUAUUAAUACGUGUUCUAUUAGUUGUAGACUUUAGAAUUUUAAAAAUUAGAAUUUAUGAACUUCCAAACAAUUUAGUUACAUUAUCUUCAGAUACCAAUAAAGAUAACAUAAAAAUAGAAUCUUCUGAAAAUGAUAAAAAGAAAAAGGACUGA